CUUCUUUUUGUAAGUAGCAUCUCAUUUUGCAAGAAGUAAACCAUGCAGCCACCGCCCCAGGCGGCCCCUUCUGGACUGGUUGGACCACCUCCCGUGGGAAACCCUCGAACCGUGUUUUGGCCCAACAGCCCGUAUAGAAAACGGACACCCACCAGCACCCCGGUGCCUCCUGUCACGUGCCCCCUGCAGCCGGUGACAGACCCUUUUGCCUUCAGUAGGCAGGUGACCCAAGACACAUCCCUGGACACUGUGCCCAGAAGCAGCCUGCCUUUCGUGCCAGGCUGCUCCCCUCCUCCGGGGCUGCCUCCACACGCUUCUCUGGCUACACCUCACACAAGCGCCGGGGGCCCUCAGGGACCAUGCCAGCCUGUGCCGGGCCCUUUCCUGCAGCCUGGAGUGGACGGUAGCCAUUUCGCCCGUGUGGUGACCCCUCCAGGGCCCCCAGGGACUGAGAUGAGCCGAAGUGCAGAGAUGGGGUCUAGCUCAACGUCCAAUGGUGCUGCCCCGCCGAAUCCUCAGUACAUUCCAGGAGUGGGUUCUGAAGGCCCUCGUGGAGCAGCGCCUGGGCCCGCCAGACCCCUUGGCAGGCAGAACCCUCAGGAUGGGGCCGGGCCCCCAGCCUUGGCCUCUUUCUUCCCUCAGCCACCUCUACCAGCACCAGAUUCAUGGGUGCCGGUCCAGGGGAGCCCACGGCCUGUGGGCCCGCAGUUCUUGUCCUGCCCCGAAGGACCUGGCCACAGCGCAGUGCCCCGGGCUCCUGGGCUCUCUCAUUUCCUCCCUCAGCCCAGCGGGCACCAGGGUCCUAGCCAGGAGCAGCAGUGUCACCCCCUGGCUCUUGUGCCAGGACCCUUGGCCGGGGAUGAGAGGGAUGAGACCACCUCUCUUCACAGUGGGGGCCACUUGGCCAGUCACUUUGAUCCUGAGAACACUUUCAGGCAGAGCCCCCGAGUGGGCCCGGCUUGGGCAAAUCAGAGCUUUAGGCAGACUCCAGAAGAGCAGCACAUGCAGUGCCCCCCAGGAACGGGGGGUACACGCGCCAGGUGUCCCCCAGGUGGGGAAAUGGAAAACGAGGAGGACCUUUCUGUGAAGAAAGCCAGCUCGGGGGCGUCGUCUGCCUCCGAAGGCCCCAGGCCCGGCCCCCCUCCGGCACACUUGGGUCCCCACGGUGACACCACACAGACGCUAGAGAACCUUCAGCCCUACUUUCCUCAGUGUGACCAGCCCAGCACGGGGCAGGCGGCUGUAGAGGUGUGGGGGGGCGUGGCAGGCCCCCAGUGUGAGAACGUCGAGAACCUGGAAUUCAUCCAGAACCAGGAAGUUCUGCCAAGUGAAACCCUAAAUGACCCGUUCCGGUAUGGGGCUCUUCCUGGCGUCGGGGCUCCAAACUGGGAGACCCCUGAGGCUGCCCUGCAGCCUGCGAGACCUGAUAGCGGGUCAUCCAGCGGCAAAGGUCACUGGGGGCUCCUGAACGCGGCCAGACCCCAGGAGUUAGCGGGCACCUUUAUUCAGCAGGAAGUUGGAAAACCUGAGGAGGAAGCUUCUGGCAAUUUCUUUAAGCAAAUUGAUUCUUCCCCUGUGGGUGGUGAGACAGAGGAGACUCUCAGGAGCCAAAACCGUGGCCACAGCCAAGGUCUGUCCCAGCCCUUAACCCCCAGUCCCCCGAAGCCCACAGGGAUAUUUCAGACAAGCGCCAACAGUUCCUUUGAGCCAGUGAAAUCCCACUUGAUUGUGGUGAAGCCAGUUGAGUCGGACCGUGCCAACGUGGUGGGCGAAGUGAGGGGCAGCCAUGGCUGUCAGAAGAAGCGGAGACCAACGGCUGUCCCACCCGACGCUUCCCCUGGCAAUUUGGAGCAGCCACCUGACAACAUGGAGACCCUCUUCACCCCCCUCAGCACUGCUGCAGAAGCUGGGGGGCUGCCUGCCAAUACUGUACUCACGACACCUGAGAAGAGGUCUUCAGCCAGAACCCAGGGACCUAUGAAGUGUGAGAGCCCAGCUACCACCUUGUGGGCUCAAAGUGAGCUUCCCGAUUUGGGGGGAAGUGUCCUUCUGGCCCCAGCUGCCCCUGCACUUUGUGUUCCUGUCAGAGCGCAGGCCUCAGAAGUCAUCCAGCCCCCCGACGAGGGGGGCUGUGGACCACUGUCCCAGAUGCCAGGAUGCGGGUCCCCUAUCCGGAGCGGAGAUGGCAUUGGUGCCUCGGAAAACUUGGAGAACCCUCCCAAGAUGGGCGAGGAGGAGGCCUUCCAGUCUCAGGCGAGUUCCGGUUACGCCAGUCUGCUCCCCUCCCCGCCCACGGGCCCCCUGCACUGCCAGCUGGCCUUGGCGGCCCAGCCCAUUCACUUUCCCUCAUCGAAUGCUCACGAGAAGACUGUGCCCCAGCGCGAGCCUCUGGUUGGGGACAGGCUUGCUCUCAGCAGCGAGGCUCUGGGCAGUGAGUCUGGAGAAGGAGCCCCCGUGUUGGCAAUUCCAUCGCAUGGCCUUGUCAACCCGCCCCUGUCCAGCAGUCUCCCCCAGAGUGUUUGCUUACAAGCUGCUAGUCCUGAAACACUUGCUAAUCAACCUGCCAAUCUGCUGGUCCAACCACCAGCUCUUCCAGUGAACCAGGGAAACCGCGCCACCGAGACUCUGCCUCCCACUGGGGCCUCCGGGGUGGUGUUGGUGCUACCCGCACCUAACCCCUCCAGCAGCCUCGACGAAACUUCCGGAGCCCUAGACUUCACUAUACCGAGGACUCUGGGCCCUCCUGACAGCUCAGCUGCUGCUCAGCAGACCCUCACCGGUCAUCCCAGACCACCUGGACCUGGGGCACCUAACCCAGACCAUUUCUACCAGCAGGUGACGAAGGCACCUCAGGGCCAGAAGGGCCCGGAAAGAGUCCAACCAGAGUCAGGGUCUCUGCAGCAAUCACCUCCGGCCCCCCAAGUGCCCAGAACGGCGUUGCCGGAAUCUUCUGGCUCAGGAAGCCCACUGGCACCGGGCCAGACUCAUGAUGCUACCACCCAACCACCAGCAAGUCCUGCACCGGCCGACACUGGUCAGCAGCCUUGGCCGCCUCAGUCCUCCGGCACGUCUGUCACCUCAGCCAGCUCCAACCAGGCAGCUGGGCCAUCAGAUCUGCAGUGGCCACGUCCCCUGCCCCCAGACUUGUCUUCCUAUUACUACUAUAGGUCCCUGUAUGACACGUAUCCGGCUCAGUACCCUUCAGCAUACCCGCUGGAGCCUGGGGCAGCACCUCGUUAUUACCAGGAUGCCUACAGCUUGUACAGGCCCUAUGACAACGCUGCUGCGCCUGCCUACCCUGACAGCUACCGCUGCCCUGAGCCCGAGCGGCCCAGCUCACGAGCAAGCCACUGCUCCGACCGACCAGCACCCAGGCAGGGUUACCAGGACGGGGGUUAUCACCCCAAAGGCGGAUGGAGCAGUCAGAGCGACUACUAUGCCAAUUACUACUCAGGCCAGUACGACUACGGAGGCCACUGGGACCGCUACCACUAUGGUUCAGGGACGUCUAGGUUCAGGGACGCCGGCCCCUAUGACCGGAACUACUGGUACGAUGCUGAAUACACGCCCUACCGGAAAGAGCCAUAUGCAUAUGGCGACAGGCUCGAGCGGGACGGUGAACCCUGGAGGUACGACCCCCGCUUCAUGUCCAGCUUUGAGGAGGGUCCGGAGCUGCACCGUGACCCCUGUGGGGACGAGGGGGACCGGCGCAGCGUCCACAGCGAGCUCUCAGCGCAGAGCCUGCACAGCCGCCGAAGCAGCAGUUUCAGCUCCCACUCGCAGCAGAGUCAGAUUUACCGAAAUCACAAUAUGCCUAUCAGCUCCUAUGAUGCCCCAGCUCCGCCAGGCGAUGACGGUUACGACACUUACGGAGACAAUUUCAACGGCGGGCAGGGCUUCCCUGAGUACGGCUACCCUGCGGGCACCAGCUGGCCCAUUGUGGACCCAGCUCUAUCAAGACCCAGUUCCCCCGAGAAGUUCUCAGUGCCCCACGUCUGUGCAAGGUUCGGUCCUGGAGGGCAGCUCAUCGAGGUGAUUCCAAAUCUGCCUUCGGAGGGACAGCCAGCACUGGUUGAAGUGCACAGCAUGGAGACGCUGCUACAGCACAGCCCGGAGCAAGAGGAGAUGCGUGCCUUCCCGGGCCCACUUGGCAAAGACGACACCCAUAAAGUGGAUGUUAUUAAUUUUGCACAGAACAAAGCUACAAAGUGUUUCCAGAACGAAAGUAUCAUUGACAAAGGGUCCGCCAGCCUCCUUUGGAAUUUGAUCAUUCUCUUGUGCAGACAGAACGGGACCGUGGUAGGGACCGACAUCGCUGAACUCUUAAUGCACGACCACAAGACCUCGUGGCUUCCUGGAAAGUCGCCUAACGAGGCAAACCUGAUCGAUUUUACAAGCGAGGCUGUGGAGCAGCAGGAGGAGGAGGCUGGGGAGGCCCAGCUCGCGUUCCUCACCGACAGCCAGGGGGCCGGGACCAGCAGUCUGGACAAAGAAACGGAACGCUUCCGAGAACUGCUGCUGUACGGCCGCAAGAAGGAUGCAUUGGAGUCCGCUAUGAAGAACGGCCUGUGGGGCCACGCUCUCCUCUUGGCCAGUAAGAUGGACAACCGGACGCAUGCCCGAGUUAUGACCAGAUUUGCCAACAGCCUGCCCAUUAACGACCCCCUGCAGACGGUUUACCAGCUCCUGUCUGGGCGGAUGCCGGCUGCGUCCAUGUGUUGUGGUGAUGAGAAGUGGGGAGACUGGCGGCCACAUCUGGCGAUGGUCUUAUCCAACUUGAGCAACAACCUGGAGGUGGAGGCCAGGACCAUGACCACCAUGGGGGACACGCUGGCCUCCAAAGGCCUCUUAGAAGCCGCACAUUUCUGCUACCUCAUGGCCCAGGCUGGAUUCGGGGUUUACACCAAGAAAACAGCCAAACUGGUCCUGAUUGGCUCCAACCACAGUUGGCCGUUCUUAAAGUUCGCCACUAACGAAGCUAUUCAGAGAACAGAGGCCUAUGAAUACGCGCAAUCCCUCGGGGCCCACACUUGUUCCCUGCCUCAUUUUCAGGUGUUCAAGUUCAUCUAUGCCUGCCGGCUGGCUGACAUGGGACUAACCACACAAGCCUUCCACUACUGCGAGGUCAUUGCCAAGAGCAUCCUGGCGCGGCCCCACGCCCACUCCACCGUGCUCAUCGGCCAGCUCAUCCAGGUCGCUUCCCAGUUACGCCUCUUUGAUCCUCAACUCAAAGAGAAACCGGAAGAGGAGUCGUUUGUGGAGCCCUCUUGGCUGGUUCAGCUGCAGCAGGUGAAGAAGCAAAUAGAGGAGGGUGGUGGGGCCUGGCAGCAGGAUGGAGCCAUCCCCACCCAGUGUCCUGGCUCUCCGAGCUCUGAGAUGGAGCAGUAUGAAGGCCCAGGCCCCAGGCAGCCCGCAGCUCUGGACCUGGGGAACCCACUGCUGACGCUGCCAAGCACGGAGCUGUCUGGACCCAGUGAGCUGCUGCCUUCAGCUCCGCAAAUCCCUCCUUCCAGGGUGCCGAUGUUCCCAGUGCCUCCCCCCGGCCCAGUUGAGCCAGGGCCUGUCUGUGUGCCCCCGGACUCCACGCUGGGUUUUCCAGAGCCUGUGUGGUCUGAUCCUACAGCGCCGUACCCAGGCCAGCAAGAUGAGUCCGGGCGCCAGGACCCAGGGACCUCAUCACGGGAGUCACCCAUGAGAAACUCUCACGUGGAGUGGGGAGAAGAGGGUUGUGGUGGAGAUGUGGUGGACGUGGUGCCCUCCUCCCACAGUUUGUUACCUGGGAGUCCUGAGGGCUGCCCGCACAGCAGUGGCGUCUCCUGUCUGCUCAGGCAGCGCUUCGCCCUUUUCAAUGGUCCCAGGCAGUGGUCACCCGUGUUCCUGAAAGGUGGUGCUGGGCAUGAGGCCCCUGAGGCUCGCCCACUGCUAGGUGGUGGUGGUCUGUUGUGCUGGGCUGACCUGGAAAUAGACCCAGAUCCCAUGCAGGUCAUGCUGGUCGUGAGAGAAAAUGUGGUUCUCGAAGCAGGUGUUAGCAUGCAGACGGCUGCUGCCUGCCCUGCUGCCGUGAUCCACAGCGAGAGUGUUGAGUCCUGGUUCUCACGUUGGCUCCCUGGGAAGAAGAGGACAGAAGCCUACCUGCCUGACGACAAAAACAAGUCGAUUGUAUGGGAUGAAAAGAAAAACCAGUGGGUGAAUUUAAAUGAACCUGAAGAGGAGAAGAAGCCUCCGCCCCCACCUCCAAUGGCGUUGGCCCCUCAGGCUGCUCCUCCCGCUCCUGGCGGUCCCCCCAGAGCCACUGUGAAUGUAUUUUCUAGAAAAGCAGCGGGAAGCAGAGCUCGCUACGUCGACGUUUUGAACCCGAGUGGGACCACGCGAGGUGAACCUGCCCUUGCUCCCACAGAGAUCUUUGCUCCACUUGCUCCGCUCCCAGUCCCGGCAAAACUGUUUGUCCCAGGCGCAGAUACCAAUGAGCCCCAGCCUGUAGGAGUUGGGGACCCAGGAGGGCAGAUGCCAGCCGGGGGGCAGGCCAGGUUGGAGCCCACUUCAGAAACUAAGACUGUGAAUUCUGCUGCACAGCCUCUACACGGCUCCGAGCUGUCGUCUUGCGACACUGACAUGUCCCAGGGAGGACAGCUUUCACGCUGUAGCUCAGUGAGCUCGCUGUCACAGGAAGUGAGCCGGCACUUUGACCAGGUACCUGCAGGGGGCCCUCCUGGGGGAGCCGUGACCUUCUACAACCCUGCCCAGUUUGCACAAGCUCAGCAGUGCCACUCCCCUCUGCCUGCUGCAUCGCUUCUCAGGGACACGACAUUAGUGGACAUUGGUGGCCCUGUCCGGCCCUGUCAGUCAGCUUUUCAGCUUCUGGGGCUGGUGGUCUUCUUCUCCCCUCAGAUUCUUGCAGCCCAGCCCCUCAGAGUGUCUGUGGGGGUGGACUCUGAGCCAGUGACCUUUGCAGAGCCCGAGGCUCCGCGGGAAUGCCGUGGGGGUGAGCUGCUGCAGGUAGAAGUGCCUUCCGUUGCCAGGCUGCCGUCCAAAGCUGCCCGGAGCCCUGCCCUCGCCAGCCCCACCUCGUCUCAGACCAACGAGUGUCUGGCUGGCACGGGGGGCAAUGGCCCUGGUACUUGGUCUGCCACCAGAGGUCUGCCUGUCCUGCUUGGCAUCCAGCAGAACCACGACCCAAGUGAUUUCACACCAUCAAGGGGGCUGCCUCCGAGCAAAGCGCCCCAGCAGAAUCUGCUCCAGAGUGACUGGCAAGCUGGAUGGCGGGGAGGGGUCCAGGGCAGCUCUGGCCGCUCUUCAGACCUGCAGCUGCCACAUCGUGGCCCCACCCUCCAGCGGAGCAGGGGCGGGUUUCUGCACUCAAGCCACGGUCCUCCGACCGCCAGGGGCCGCUGCGGCGGGAACGGGACCCCCGGGCCACUCGCCAGCGUCGGUUACCAGGGAGCGCGGAGGCCGGGGCUGCGGGCGGUUCCUGAGGUGGUGGGGGAUCGUGAGUUGUGGAGGGGCGCGGGGUUAGGGCCAGGGAGAGGUGUGGUCGUCAGGUGUGCGGAGGUCACGGGCGGAAGGGGCAGGACGCGGGAUAGGGUUCUGGACCAGAAAGGGGUGCUGGGUCAUGGGGGGGAGCGGGGUGCCGCUGUGGGGGGAUGGGGUCACGGCGAGGCGGGGGGCGGGUCUGGGGAUGUGGUAGUGACGAGGGCGGAGGGAUUCGAGGCGCUCUGGCUCUGGUCCACGACCUCGGGCGUUAUUCUCCGCAGUGGUCUCCACCGCGGGUCACGCUUCCGCUUCGCGCGGCCAAGGCCCAAGGUCGCCCUGCUACCAGGCAGGACUGCAACGAGCAGUGGUGCCGGCGCGCAGGUGAGGGAUGCGGAUGUGCAGCUGACCCGGGGCCCUUGGGACCACUCCAGGACAGAGAGGCAGCGCCUGCCACCGGUGGUCCCAGCCCAGGUCUUUCCUACUGUGGCUCACCUGCUGAGCCCUAUCUGCAGAUCCCUGACACCCCCAAGAGUGGGCCUCGCUGGCAGUCCCCCAGAGAGGCUGGGCAAUCCAGACAAGUGA